CCCGUACUCCGGUAUCGCGGAAAAGUUUCGGUUGCAGUGUGCGCCCGAUAAAGCUCAACAAAAACAAGGCGCGACUUUCUCAGAGCAGCUGGCGCGGCACUAUCCCUCGCCCCCCUCCCGUCUCCCCCAACGGCUCGGCUCGAACGCCGAGUCAGUCGGGUCGAGAGCCGAGCGGCAACCGAAGGAAGCGCGAAGCAAGCGUCACCAGUCAGUCGUCAGUUCAGUCCAGUCAGUCGUAAUUCAGCAGUGUGCGUGAGUGUUGCGUCUCGCGUACGUCGAGUUCCUCCCGGCGUGUGGCGUGCCACUGUUCGUCUCAUUGACAGCUCUUCUCAGAGCGCGGCCGUUCAUCCCAACGUGGACCUCGUCUAGCAGUGAGCCGCUUCGACCGGCAGUCUUCUCAGGAGCCAUGCCACAAGGAGUAGGAGCGGCGGUGGGCAUCGACCUGGGCACCACGUUCUCCGUGGUGGCGGUGUGCCGCAAGGGCAAGGUGGAGGUGCUGGCCAACGACGAUGGCAGCCGCAUCACGCCCAGCGUGGUGGCCUUCUUCCAGGGCGAGAGCUACGUCGGCCAGGCCGCGGAGGAAGUGGAAGCUCCUGCGACCAACAGGGUGUUCGACGCCAAGCGGCUCAUUGGUCGUCCGUGGAGUGACGAGCACAUCCAUAAGGACAAGAAGCUUUGGCCUUUCGAUGUAAUCGAGGUGAACGGCACCCCGAGGAUCGAGGUGAACGUGAGCGCCAAGAAGAGGGAGACUUUCGCUCCCGAAGAGAUCUCGGCCAUGGUGCUGAAGAACCUCAAGAAGACCGCGGAGGACGCCCUGGGCCAGACGGUGACGAAGGCAGUCAUCACCGUGCCGGCCUACUUCAACGAGCGCCAGCGCCAGGCCACCAAGGCAGCCGGCGCCAUCGCCGGCCUGGAGGUGGUGGGCAUGAUCAACGAGCCCACGGCGGCCGCCAUCGCGUACGGCCUGGACAACGGAUCGUCCACCAAGAAGACGGUGUUCAUCUACGACCUGGGCGGCGGCACGUUCGACGUGUCGGUCAUGGUCAUCCAGGGCAGCGAGUUCAGAGUCGUGGCGUCGGGCGGGGACACGCACCUCGGCGGCCAGGACUUCGACGCAAGGCUGCUGAACCACUGCCUGCAGGACAUCAAGAAAAAGAGGGGUCUAGACCUACUGGCCACAAAAGACAAGCAGUCCAUCCGAGAACUGCGCAGGGCGUGCGAGUUGGCCAAACGCAAACUGUCGUCGAUAGCGGAGGUCACUCUCAACGCCCCUCUGACGCGCCACGACUGGCUUUACAACACCCGCAUCACGCGGGCCCUUUUCCAGGACCUCUGUGCAGACUUGUUCACGAGAACCAUCACCCUCACCGAGCAGGUUCUUACGGAAUCAAAGCUGCAGCGCGGCGCCAUCGACGAGGUGGUGCUGGUGGGCGGCUCGACGCGCAUCCCCAAGGUGCGCGCCUUGCUGGCGGCCUUCUUCGGCGGCAAGGAGCUGCGCCACUCCGUCAACCCGGACGAGGCGGUGGCGAGCGGAGCGGCGGUGCGGGCCGCGGUCCUCAUGGGCGACACGCAGGCCAACAGGCUUGUCAAGCUCAAGGACGUGACUCCCCUGUCGCUGGGCAUCAACACUCUGGGAGGAGUGUUCAGCGUCCUAAUCCCCAAGAACAGCCCCCUGCCUUUCAAGAAAACGCAGUCGUACAGUACAACCGUCGACUAUCAGGAGCAGUGUGGCUCCAAGGUGUUUCAAGGAGAACGCCCGCUCUCAAAGGACAACUACUGCCUCAACAAGGAGUUCUGGGUUGACGUCCCCAGCAAGCCGGCCGGCGAGGUUAGUGUUGACAUCACCUUCGCGAUCAACGUGGACGGCCUGCUGACGGUGACCUGCGUGGAGCCCACCACUGGGCGCUCCCAGAAGGUGCAGAUUUCGCAGAAGGAGGCCCACCUGAGCGACGCGGACAUCCGGGCCAUGAUCGAGAAAGCCAAGCGCUACCAGCGCGAGGACGACGACGCACUGCGGGAGGUCCAAGAGCGGUUGCGGGCGCAGAGGUUCUUCUGAUCUGUUAUCGGUGGGCUUACUUGCAAUAUUUAUUUAAGAAUUUGAUUGUGAAACCCGGGGUUCCUCGGGUACAUUAUCUAGGGUCUGAAGCCCGUUAAUGUAGCUGCUUGUGACAAAGGUUUUUGUUUGAAUCACAGUUAAAUCAACGUUUGAAAUAAAAGGCAUUUUCCUGUCAA